AGGAUGUUAUCGAGUGUGGAGCUGCCGGGCUCUUAUAGGGACAGUCUGAUUCGGUGGACAGCAUCCUCGUCCGUCCCACAAGGCCUUCUCAUGUCAUCGAAACCUGGGGUCGUAGCGAGCAGGUAUGACUGGGGGCUUUUGUGCGCAUGCCGCGGGAGGCCCCCAAGGUCUCGAAUUGGACUUCGCAUCAGCCACCAGAGCAAUGUGGAGACGACCCAGUCUUUGUUCUCGGCUCGAAUGGGAAAUUUGGACGCUGCAGAUACGUCGAUAUACCAGCGUUGCACGAACUAAGUUUGGCUAAAUGGAAUGUCCAACCACUCGCCUCGCCUGCUUUUACACCGAACAACAGAACAUUGAUGUUUCUAGAUCCCCUGGCCUCUGGUUAUCAUUCUGGCGAGCAGAAUAUCCAAGAGUGCCGCUCGACCAAAUCAACUCGUGUCCUGCGUAAAACGAGGGCUGAGCUUGUCGAUCGAUCUAUUCAUCCCACGUCUCUCGCCACCACAAGCGGCUCGUUAUUCGAUGCAAACGUGCUAUCAAGAUCAUCAAAGCAGGAAUUGCUCGCGUGGGGCAAUAAUACCAUAUUCAGUCAAAAGGGAAUCUCUCGGCGAACUAUCGGGAGAAGUCAGCCUGCGCUUACUUACUCUGCUGCAACAGGCUGUGGAGCGGCUUCUCUGUGCGACGUACGAUGCCUCAGUAGUUCUUUCAGGCGAUCACGACGUUCACUGUGGACUUUGAAGCCUAGAGAGCAAGUACCCAGAGUGAGAUUCGAGCAUUGGGUGUGUACUAACGAUAGUGCUUCGCAUAACGACAGUACGUGACUCGUAGACAUAACGUUUCGAGACUUGAAAGCCGUCAAGAGUGCGUGAACCUGGCGUCGAAUACGAAUUUGCUCGUCAAACUUAAUUUACCUUGUCUCGGCGUCUCUUUAGACGACAGCGCUGCGAUGAGUUUCCUGACUGUCAAGCUUGAUCCAUGUACGGAAACAAACGCCAUGGCUAACUAUCAUGGCUCCUUUUCUACUGCCUUCCGCUCCACCACAUCCAUCUGCCGUAUGCCGCC